CCGGUUGAAAAUUGAUAUUUUCAGAAUUUUAAUUGGAGCCGAGGGAAGGGAUAUUCUGUGUAAUGCAGAAAUAACCAACUGGUAACUCAAAUGAAUUGAAGUCACACAAACCUUUGGUACCAUGUCGAUCGAACUACAUGAAAUCGGGGCCUCUGCGUCCACCUCUCCCAAUCAACAGCAAGCAGAGCUGAAGUCACGGUCCAGUGCCUGGCAACGUCUUCAGAAGCGACUCAAGCGUAAAGGGGUAGUUGAGGUAGACAUCGAUCACCAUCGCUAUGACAUGCUCAACUGCAUCCGGACCGGCAUCAGACAUGUGCUGCUCAACCAUCCAGAACUGGGACCAAAGGAGAGUCUGGAGGCUGAGGACUACAAGCAUGUGUUGGAGAAGAAGGUGGAGGGCCCAGACGGACAGGUAUUUGUGUUUGCCAGUUACGCCAGCUCAGCAUUUGCAGCUAUCCGCCGCGCCAUCGGUCUGCGACAAGACUUCUACCUGGAGUCUGUUGCUCCGGCCAAACUGCCAUAUCUGGAGUUUGUCAGCAACUCCAAGAGUGGACAGGACUUCUUCCUCAGCAAUGAUCAGCAGUACUUACUGAAGACUGAUCGAAAAUAUUGCAUCGACUUCUUCCUGUCCACAUUGGGUGACUACCUGCAGCACUUCCUGAAGUUCCCCCACUCCCUUAUCGUCAAGUACCUGGGCUUAUACUCCAUACAGAUGCCGGGCGAGAGGAAGAAAUACUUUGUGGUCAUGCAGAGUAUAUUUUACCCCAGUCAUCGUAUUGAGACUAGAUUCGACAUUAAGGGAGCUCUGGCUGGCCGAUACCAACAGCCAUACCCCCCAGGCAGCAACAUUGUCACGGUGCUCAAGGACCAGAAUUUUCUCAAUGAAGUCAUUGACUUGGGACCACAGAGGGAAUGGUUCAUCACCCAGCUUAAAGCAGACACUGAGUUCUUGAAGGAAAUGGCAGUUCAGGAUUACAGCCUCCUGAUUGGUCGACAGGAGCUGCACACCGACGAGCGCCGGGAAACACUCCCGAACCUGGUGGAGAGGCUGAAGAAAUCGCUCCCAUCGACAGCCUCCUCCUCAUCCGACAACAGCUCCCCCGAACAUCACAAUGGGAACGUCGAGGGUGGUGGCAUUGAGAUGCACUCUCUUCCAGGAACACCAAAUGAUGACACCAAAACCAGCGUUGCAGAAAAAUCCCCAGAACGUAAGACCGGUGUAUUCUUUCCUCUCUCUCUGACAGAAACAUCGUAUCUUGACGGGCUGAUGACGACCGAAAACCGCCGUCUCCUGCCCAACUGCAAGAACGCCUUACACAUCAUCGACGGUCCCACCCACCGUUACUUCCUUGGUGUAAUCGACUUCUUCACACUGUACGAGUAUCGACAGAGGACCGGGCGGAUCUACAAGAACAUCAAAUACUGCUGUGCUGACCACUCCACUGUCCCCCCUGGCGAGUAUGGUGACCGCUUCCUGCGUUUCAUCAUUGAGCACGUCAAGUGAAGUCGGGGAGAGAGGGUAUACGAGUCAAGAUAGGUUUAGUUUUGACACUGUGUCACUGUCUGUGAAUGUGUUGCACUCAAUGCUAUUGAACUGGUUUCACCAGAGCUUGAAUACUCU